AUGGGACAAGCCCAACAUGCACUACGUUUGCUGGCCUUUGGACAGAUAUACAAAGUCCUUCAGAUGGAUCCUCUUCCUUCAAAUAAACCCUUCCAGAAAUACACGUGGUCAAGCACAGACAGGGAAGGUUCCAGUCUGAAGAGGCCGUUUGAUGAUGUCUCCUGUGAUGAUAAAGACCCUAAGAAAAGACGUAAUCUGCGCAAAAUUUUAGACAGUAAAGCCAUAGAUUCCAACCAGCCAAUGAAUGCACUGAUGCGCCUAAACCAGAUCCGGCCUGGGCUGCAGUACAAGCUUUUAUCUCAGUCGGGUCCAGUACAUGCUCCUGUCUUCGCAAUGUCUGUGGAUGUAGACGGCACGACGCAUGAAGCCUCUGGACCAUCCAAGAAAACAGCCAAGCUUCACGUGGCAGUAAAGGUUUUACAGGCUAUGGGCUAUCCAACGGGGUUUGACACCGACAUGGAGUGUCUCAGCUCAGAUGAAAAGUCAGAUAGCGAAGGCAAAAGCGAGACAAUCUCAACCAAUUGUAGCAAUAACACUGCCAGUUCCACAACUGACAGCUCCAACACGCUAGAGGUCAGGACUCAGGGCCCUAUCCUUACAGCCAGCGGCAAGAACCCUGUGAUGGAACUGAAUGAGAAAAGGCGAGGUCUCAAGUACGAACUCAUAUCUGAAAGCGGAGGGAGUCAUGAUAAACGUUUUGUCAUGGAGGUGGAGGUAGACUCUCAGAAGUUCAGGGGUGCAGGUCCAAACAAAAAGGUGGCAAAAGCCAGCGCCGCUUUGGCAGCUCUGGAAAAGCUCUUUUCUGGGCCUAACGCAGCAAACAACAAGAAAAAAAAAAUAAUUUCCCAGACUAAAGGAGUAGUCAGCACAGCUGUGUCAGCCGCUGUUCAGGCAGCUAGAGGAAGAGGGCGAGUGGCACUAGCGCGAGGGGCAUUUGUUGGCGCUACAGCUGCACCCGGAUACAUCACCCCAGGUUACCCUGCCCCAUACCCGUACAGUGCUGCAGCCCCUGCCUAUGGUAUCCCCAAGAGAAUGGUUCUGUUACCAGUUAUGAAAUUCCCAGCAUACCCUGUUCCUCACUACUCGUUUUUUUAACAAGCGUAUUUUGACCAGACAGACCAGAAUGUCAGUGAACCAUCUUAUUUUCUUUGUCUGAGGGAACCCCUUUGUAAAGAAUUUUUUUUCCUACUUUUUUAUGUUAACAAAAAAAUAAAACAUAAACUUACAAAUUUAGUUCUUUAAUAAAACAAAACAAAACAAAAAACAAACUUGAAGAAAAAUUGUACUGUGAAAUGUUACCUCAUUUACAGGAAACUUAACGCUUUUGCUGCCAGUUGACCCAGCCAUGUAUAGGUAAGUCUGGCAGAAUAGGGGUUAAGCCCGCCUUCUGUUCUAGGGAAGAAAUAGGAGAUAAAAGAAUACAUUUUAAAUGAAGUAUGAGACUGUAAAAUGAAUAAAUAAAUUUGUGAAGGAUGUAUAAUAUUAAACUGAUAAAAUAAAAUGUUUUGUCCUAAAA